UGGUAGCUAGGAAUGAAUCGGUAAGUCAACUGUCAAAAUCGCUUGACAUGUGUAACUUGACUUUGACGUUUCUUUUUUGAUUUGGUUUGGUGCACGAAGCUCCAAGAUCACAAUGGCAAAACCUAAAGGAGAGAGGAAAGGCAAAUCUGCCAUCAACGAAGUUGUAACUCGUGAAUACACGGUUAACUUACACAAACGGCUUCAUGGAGUAGGUUUCAAGAAACGCGCUCCUCGUGCCAUCAAGGAGAUCCGUAAAUUCGCUGAGAAACAAAUGGGAACUCCCGAUGUUCGUGUGGACACUCGCCUAAACAAAUUCCUCUGGUCUAAGGGAGUCAGAAAUGUCCCCUUCCGUGUCCGUGUGAGGCUGUCUCGCAGACGUAACGAUGAUGAGGACUCUGCACACAAACUGUUCACACUCGUCACCUACGUACCCGUAGCCUCAAUCAAGGGCUUGCAGACAGAAAAUGUUGACGCUAGCCAAGAAUAAACACUAAGUUUAAGCUAC